AUGACACUACUUGAUAGACUCCCUACGAAAGUAAGACUCCAUCGAAUUGAGCUUAUCAAUGAUUGCCAUUGUGUGUUCUGCAAUGCUCAAUUGGAAACAAGGGAGCACUUGUUCCUCCAAUGUCCUAUGGCAGAACAAUUAUGGAAUUCGGUUUUCUUCCACUCUGGUCUGCAAUUUACUAUCACCUCUUGGGAUGAUUUCUUUGUGUGGGCAAGCUCUACUUGGAAAGGAAAAUCACUGCUAACUUCGAUUAUGAAACUUGCUCUUAACGCCCUUAUCUACUUUCUCUGGGAAGAAAGAAAUAAGAGGAUCUUCAAAGGUUGCUCCAGAAAUGUUCAAGAGCUAUUCCUUGCCAUUAAGGACGUUGUUCGCUUUCAACUGAGGGAUAGGAAAAUAAAUCGAAAUGAUAUUGCUAAUUCUUCCCUUUGUAAGCACUGGGAUAUUUCUUGUUCUUAA